AUGGUUAUCGAAGCUACCACCGAAAUUGAACGCCCUACUUCCUUCAUUCUCCCUGAUCUCGUCUCUCACUGCACCUUCCCCCUCGUGUACCAUCCUAACGGGGAUGCCAUCGCUGCUCAGUCCGUGAAAUGGCUCGACACCAACUGCCCUGACUUGAACGCCAAGCAACGAAAGGCUCUCUAUGGACUUCAAGCCGGUGAACUGACAGCUUACUGCUAUAACACCGCCUCUGAUGCACGCCUGAGGGUUGUCUCGGAUUUCAUGAACUACCUCUUCCACCUGGACAACAUUAGCGAUGGCAUGAUGACCAAAGAAACUGACGUUCUCGCUGAUUGUGUUAUGAAUGCGCUUUGGUUUCCGAGCUAUUACAAGCCUACAGUCAGAAGCGACUAUAUCCAGCCGGAGGAAGAGAUGAAUGCUGGUAAACUCGCUAGAGACCUCUGGGCCCGUUGCAUUCCCGAUGCUGGACCUGGUGCGCAAGCCAGAUUCAAAGAGACCCUCGAAUUGUUCUUCGAGGCUAUCAACAUCCAAGCCCUCGAUCGUGAUCGCGGUGUCAUUCUGGACCUUGAAUCUUAUAUCAAUGUUAGAAGGGACACGUCUGGUUGCAAGCCAUGCUGGGCGCUAAUAGAGUAUGCCCUUGACAUUGAUCUUCCCGAUGAGGUCGCCGAAAAUGAAGUUAUUCAAGCACUUAACCAGCACACAAACGAUCUGGUCACCUGGUCCAAUGACAUUUUCUCCUACAAUGUCGAACAAUCCCGUGGAAAUACGCAUAACAUGAUUGCCAUUAUGAUGGUUUAUCAUGGGAAAACUCUCCAGCAAGCCGUGGAUUAUGUCGGCGAUCGAUACAGGGAGACCAUAGAUGCCUUCGUUGAAGGUACGAAGCAUGUGCCAUCUUGGGGUCCCGACAUCGACCCCAUCGUGCAGAAGUACAUCCAGGGCCUUCAGGAUUGGAUUGUGGGAUCACUUCAUUGGAGCUUUAUGACGACACGGUACUUUAGUAAUGCUGGAGCUGAGGUCAAGAAGACGUGUUUUGUACCGCUUCUCCCUCUUCAAGGAUAG